AUGGGUUGCGUAUUCCUCGAGUUCUGCAUUUGGUUUUGGCGAGGGUCGCACGACGUGGAAAUCACAUCCUUGCCACUUGGAUGGUUGCUGCCGGACCCAGUGUGGGUCUACGGAGAAUGCCAGAUGUUCUCCAAGCACGCAGGCACAUUUUGGAGCGCCACCAAUCUCCUGUCGACGUUGUCAUGCAAGAACACAUCAAGACUGUCUUCUAUCGGUGUGGUCGCACGGGAGCGAAGCUGGUUGGUACUGCCCCACGAUCCUUCGCAUGCUGGAGUUGUGUCCCUUUCUACAUUCAGCUCCACAUUGUUCCUUCACCCCCUGAUGUUGCAACAACUAUGUUUACUUAUUAUCGGCUCUAGCCCUAUCACAUGCCACAAGUUUUCUGUAUUGCGCCCCGCAGCCUCCUAUAGGGCUUGUAAAAAGGACACAUAG